UAUAUAGUAUUUAUUAUCUCUUUUAUGUGUUUCUUAGAUCAUUCAAAUUAUGAAACCAUCAAGUACUCCAACUUCAUUAACUUAUUCAAAUGUAUCUCCAUCAACUUCAUCCAACACCCCAAUGUGUAGCAGCUCUAAAACCACAACUACAGGGUGUUUCACAUCCAUCAUGCGCAAGAUUCUCUGCUCUGAAAACCUUCCAAAAGACCCAUCAAAUCAAAUCACACAACUUGAUUCAACAAAUUCAAUUCUAAGUGAAAAAGAUCAAAACUUGAACACUGUGGCUUUUACAACUCCUCCUUCAAUAGUAGCAAGGUUAAUGGGUUUGGAAUCAAUGGUGGAGACACACUUUGCAUCAAAACAAGGUUCACUUUCACGUAGCAAAUCAAUGAAUUCUAUGGACUAUUUUCAGAGUUUGCAUAAGAAGAGGGUUGAUUCAACAUUGUCUUUUAGAGAACCCCCAAGUUUUAAAGUGAUUGAAAAUGAGAACUUUUUUGUUUUAAGUUUUGAAAAUGAAGGUGAGAAUGGGAGAAGAAAGCAAAUGGUCUGUUCAGAAAUGAUGAAAAAAGUUGAAAUUGAAAGUGUUUUUGAUGAGAAGAGGAAAAUGAGCAAAAGGGUAGUUUCUGAUUCUGAUAUAUCGUGUGAAAAUGAUGGAAAUCGUUGUAAUAAUAAGUUUCAAGAUGUCACCAACACUUUGCAUCAGUUCAAUGAUUCAUCUGAAAAGAAGUGUUUUGAUUCAGAAGGAGUUGAAUUGUUGAAGCCUAAGUAUUGCAAUGAAGUUUUGAUUGGUGAAAAGUUGAAGAAGAGGAGAAGGAGGAGGAAGAAGAGAACAAAAUGUUACAUAUAUAACAAGAUAGAAACUGAAUUCAAAUCAGAUGAUUCAAGUCCUGUUUCUGUUCUUGAAUUUGAACGCAAAUCUUGUGUAGCAGUUGGUUUGAGUUCAAGAAGAAAGUUGACACCAGAGCUUGAAAAUGACAAGCUCAUUCUUGAUCGUUCAGAUGAUAAUUUGAUGAUUAAUGAGAAGAAGGGUAAUGCAAUUGAGAACAACAAAUAUGAAGAUUCAAAGGAGAAAAAGCACAUGAAAGAGUAUAAAGAUAUUUGGGGUGAAACAUGGAGGCUUGUUCAAGAUGAAUUUGGUGGAUCAAAUCAAGUUCAUGCAUGGAUGAAUGAACAAAGUGAUUUAGGAAGCAUAUGUGCUGAAUUUGAGUCAGAAAUUUUUGAUCAAUUGUUGAAUGAGGUGGUGAUAUGUCAACUUGUUGGGUAAUAAUCACUCAACUCACAAGUUAGUAACUUCAAACAAUUUGUAUAAAAAAACUUUUUAAU